CCUUAGCGCCGUCACCCCGCCCAUUACAGCUCUGUGGACACACACACACACACACAUGCACACGCUUACACACUGACACAAACACGCACGAGCGCGUGUGCACACACGCUCACACACCGGCGACUGCGGCUCUGUGAAAACGCCUUCUUCAUCCCGGACCAUCUCGUCUCAUAGCGGAACUGACCGGACGGUGGAGACCCGAGAGACCCGCUGCGUGUUACCGUCAGAGGUGAUGCUGUUUCCUGCCCGGACGGACCGGGUGACUCUGACAGACUCUAGGACCCUCCUAACGUCGGGAUCCUACUAACGUCGGGAGCACUCGCAUCACGUCUGGGACCGCCGCGGUCACCCUCCACGGUUCUCCCUUCUGCUGUUCUGGACAACAGACGGAGCCGGACCGUUAGUAGUACUGGUGGACUGACUAGUGUACUGGUGGACUGGUGGACUGACUGGUGGACUUGUGGACUGACUUGUGGACUGACCGGGUUGUCGGUAUCUCUGCAGCAUGCCGCCGACGGGGGCUCCUCGUCCCUGAUCAACACCGCCUCUCAUGGCUCCUCACUCCGCACCGUGACGGAGGGUGGAGGUAGAGGGUGGAGGUGGAGGGGAUCCCCGUGAAUAAUCUCCGCGUUAGUGGAGCUCUGGAUUUGUAAACUUUGAAGCGUCGCGAUGGGGAAGGAGCAGGAGCUGCUGGAAGCCGCCCGGACCGGGAACGUCGUGCUGGUGGAGAAACUGUUGACGGCGAAGAAGGGGAUCCUCGGGUCCGCCACUGGGUCCAUCCCCCUCCCCAGCCUGCUAAGCAUGUGGAAGGGCCUGAACGUGAACUGCACCGACAGUUCUGGGUACACGCCACUACACCACGCCUCGCUCAACGGACACAGGGAGGUGGUGCUGAAGCUGCUGCAGUUCGAGGCCUCGUCCAACGUGGCCGACAGUAAGGGCUGCCUGCCGCUGCACCUGGCCGCCUGGCGCGGCGACGUGGACAUCGUCCGCAUCCUGCUCCAACACGGGCCCUCCCAGUGCCGCGUCAACCAGCAGGUGAGCCCCCCACCAGUAACACCGCUGACCCCAUGGGACCCCCUCUACAUCCAGGUCACCCCCCCCACCGAAUUUAGGAUGUUUAAACGUGUGUGUGUGUGUGUGUGUGUGUGUGUGUGUGUGUGUGUGUGUGUGUGUGUGUGUGUGUGUGUGUGUGUGUGUGUGUGUGUGUGUGCGCGUGUCCUCUUCCAGACGACGGGCCGUACCAGCGGGACCCUCCUCACGCUCCCCCUCCUCCUACUCCUGCUCCUCCUCCCCGAGCCCUCCUCCUCCUCCUCCCCCUCCUCCCCCUCCUCCCUCCUCGUGGUGGAGGACCGCCGGAAGAGCCACAUCCCCGAGGAGUUUGCGGGCCUCCUGCACGGCUCGUCCCCGGCCUGCGAGGCCCCUGACACCCCCUACAAACUCUACUGCCCCCGGGGCAACACUGCUGCGCCCCCACAGACCCUGACUCAGACCAAGACCCUGAUCCCCGACGCCCCCUACCACCCCCACCCCCCCAGGGGCCCGCGGACCCCCGUUGCCCCGCCCCAGAACAAGAGCCAGAGCCAGAAGGAGCUCUACUGCCAGCAGGUAGACCGGUCCUCCCUGGCCCCGCCCCACCAAGCCCCGCCCCACAAGACCCCGCCCCCCCAGACCCUCCCGACCCCUGGGGAGCAGCCCAAGCCGCAGGUGGUCUUCCGGACGGUCUUCCACACGCGGGUGAACCAGGCGCCGUCCCCCGAGACCCCCUGCUCGCCCCGGGGCUACAGCACCCUGGGACACCGGCCCGCCCGCUCCCCGCGCCACUCCGCCGCCGUCGCCGUGGCGCUGGGCCUCGACGGGGCGGGGGUCCCCGGCCUCGACGGGGCGGGGGGCCCGGAGCUGGCCGCCGCGUCGGGGGGCUACGAGGAGCGCGCCUGCACCCUGGACCGGAGGAGGUCGGCGCCCCGCAGCCUGCUGGACCUCCAGCUCUCCAAGUCCCUCUCCGACUCCAACAUCGUGGGCGUGUCGCCCAUACAGGAGGAGCUGAGCUGGGGAUCGGGAUCCCGGGGCCCGGGGCUUGGCAGCCCGCGGCCGGGGAUGGGUGCCAGCCCGGGGGGGCGGCUGGAGAGGACCCCCUCCUUCACCGCCGAGUGGGACGAGAUUGAUAAGAUCAUGAGUUCCAUCGGUGCGGGCAUCGGGAGCGGACUGAAUGCCAAGAAAGACCACACAGCCUCCUUCCUCUCCGCUCCUUCGCCGCGACUCUCUUCCCGCUCUGACUCGGAUCCGUCCCCUCCUCCUCCACCUCCCCCUGUCCCUGACCUCUUCACCCCACCACCUCCUCCACCUGCUCCUCCCCCUGCUCCACCCUCCACCCUCCACCCCCUUGGAUGCCCUAUGGCCGGAUCCUUUGACAGCCACGUUGCGCGCCACAACAUGAUGUGGCAGUGCCAGCUGUCCCAGCCCGACUGCCGCUGCUACCGAGUGGACGGCUACUCUCUCCUGAAGCGCCUGCCCCUUCACCCCCUCAUAGGACCCCGCUGCCCGCUGCAGUCUGUGGGCCAGUGGCUGGACUCCAUCGGCCUGGUCCAGUACGAGAACCACCUGCUGGCCAACGGCUUCGACAAUGUCCAGUUCAUGGGCAGCAACGUGGUGGAGGACCAGGACCUGCUGGAGAUCGGGAUCCUCAACUCGUCCCACAGACAGCGCCUCCUGCAGGCCAUCCGCCUUCUGCCCAGGGUGCGGCCGGUGGGCUACGACGGGAACAACCCCACCUCGGUGGCCGAGUGGCUGGAGUCGCUGGAGCUGGGCGACUACACCAAGGCCUUCCUGGUCAACGGCUACACCUCCAUGGACCUGGUGAAGAAGAUCUGGGAGAUCGAGCUCAUCAACGUGAGUCACACGGGACCGCCUGCCCUGUGUGUGUGUGUGUGUGUGUGUGUGUGUGUGUGUGUGUGUGUGUGUGUGUUUGGCCCAAAGCACACUAACAACGAACUGAGGACAGAGCCCCCCCCCCCCCCCCCCCCCCAGAUGGAGCAGCCCUCCAUGGACCAGAAGGCCCACGCCAACGUCCCCUGGAUCCUUGAGCCCAGCCAAGAGGCCAAGAGGGGCGUCAACACAAAGUACGAGACCACUAUUUUUUAA